UUCUGUCGUACUAGAUACCGGAUGUACGUGAUCUCAAAACCAGCUUACGUAAGUUGUUCAAAGUUUGCUGUCCCAGCAAUCCCCCUAAAGAUUCCACUCAAGGUGAUCCAUUUUUCAAGUCGUUGCAAGAUACUGAUUGGUUGAAGCAGUUAUCGCUUGUACUUCGGAUAUCAGGUGCUGUCUUGGAUCUUUUGGACAUUCAGGGAUCAUCUGUUCUUGUCUCGUUUGAAGAUGGAGGGGACAUUACUACACAAGUGACGUCAUUUGCUCAAGUAAUGUUAGAUCCAUACUACCGAACGAUUAAUGGUUUUAAAGUUUUAGUUGAAAAAAAUGGUUGUUCUUUGGACAUUGUUUCUCACAUCGCUGUAAUCAUACACAUUCAACGCAAUCAAGUGGAUUCACGCCUGUUUUCUUGCAAUUUCUUGAUGGCGUCCAUCAGAUAUUACGUCAGUAUCCACUAUCCUUCGAAUUCAACGAGUAUUAUUUACAUUUCCUCGCCUAUCAUCAUGUCUCCAUGCGUUUUCGUACGUUUUUACUGGAUUCAGAGCACGAACGUGUGCAGAUGGGUUGGCUAUCAGAUGCAGAAAAGAAAGAUGCAAAGACUUCUAAAUCUCACAUAAAAAGUCUUUGGGAGUACAUCGACAUGCUACACAAAAAAAUCAUCAUUACUUUAUAAUUUCCAAUUUUCGAAAGAACAUUCUGAAAAGGUGCUUCGUCCUCAUUGCAACGUUUCCAAUCUAAAAUUAUGGAGUUAUUUUGUUUCGGAGAAUGUCUCCACUGGUCCAGAGUUUGAUCAAAAAGUCAUAAAUGAGACAGAAACUGCUGCCGAGGAAGGACAACAGAAGUUAGAAGACAAGUACGAUGCCAACAGACGCUGUCGAAGUGGUAUGUUUGGUGGAUCGGUUCAUUACGACAGUAGUAGCUGUGCAUAUCAUUUGUACGAAUAUAAUCGCAUCGAAGAAGAGGCUGACAAACACGCAACUCGUUGGAAAAAAUAUGGGAGCGUUUGGAACAGCCUAAAAUAACGAAAACGUUUUUAACAUACAAUGAAGAAAUUUCUAGAGUCCGUAGUGGUGUACUACACAAACGAGAUACAAUGGACAUAAUACUUGAGGGGAAACUUCAAAUCGAAGACUACAGUAACCAAGGUUUUUCACGACCUCAUUCAUUUGAACCUCACAGUUUCUUUACGCCAACCAACUGCGAUUUCUGUCUACAAGUGAUAUGGAAUAUUGGAAAAGGAGGAUUCAGAUGCACAGAAUGUGGAUACAACUGCCACGAGAAAUGCUUAUCACGUGUUCCUAAAACGUGUCCUAAUUACAAGAAUCUGAAAGACCAGAAUGAUAGCAUGCCAUCAACUAGUAACAAAAGCUUACAUGAGUCUCCAAGUAUAAACAAAUCUUCGAAAUUUUUGUGUGGGUAUCUAUGGAAACGAGGUGCUUUAUUCAAACAAUGGAAGCAACGGUAUUUUGUAUUGGAUACGGAAAGACAUCAGCUUCGUUACUAUGAUGAAGUAAGCGAUGUUCAUUGUCAAGGUGUUGUCAACUUAUCUGAAAUUAUUUCAUGUGAAAUGUCACAGUUGAAUACAAACGAGAAGCAAGUUUUUUUCGACCUUCGUACAGAGAAACGAUUGUAUAAUUUGUAUUCUGCGACGGAGGAAGAAGCCAAGAAUUAGAUAUCUAAAUUACAAAGCUUGGAUACGUAGAGCUUCCACCGUCCAAUCAGGGAUUCAUUAUAAUCAAAAGAAAUGUUGUGCAUAUGUGAAAUAUUUUAACUUUUUAGAACACAUAUUUAGGGUAAUUUAUGUAUGUAUUUUAAUUUUUUUAAAUAAUAGUAUCAUUUUGAGACACGCA